AUGUCGGACAUACGGGCCGUCAAGAAAUAUGCAACUCAGCACGAUCUGUUUAAUAGGUUACAUUCUAUAUCGGCGGAUGAGAACUUCGUGAAGGACGUAGCUGAGAAUUGGUUUGACGGGAGGUUUGAGGUCGUUCCCAAUCAGCGGUGCGGAAAUUGGUACUGUGAUCCUUCCACCAGCUCGAAAGCUUACGCUUACUUUAAAUCCACCGAUGGACAUAUGACGCAAUGGGACUUCAAUCUCAGAAGAUCCAAUCUGAGCUUAGCUAAAUAUGCUGAAGAUUGCGGAGGGUUGAUACUGGUGGAUUCGACGAGAAGAGGCAAAAGGAUGCCUGAUGGACUAUCCAAAACUGUCCCUAUAUGGUGCUGCGUCGUCAACCUGGCAAUUGAGCUACGGCGAAACAUACCACUAGACGAAGAGUGGGAUACAGAACUGUACUUACCUCCCAAGGUAGUUUCUCCAUCUGAGAAAUCACAGAUAGAAGAUAGAUUGGACGAAUGGGCAGAGACCCUCGAGAAAUCUUCCCUUCCAUUACCCAUCCUCACCAAACCCUUACGACCUUUCUUCAUCCACCCAUCCACCUCCACUCCACCUGCGAUACCUCUCAAUCCUCCUUAUACACCCAUAAUAUGUCUCUCGGCCUCGCGCUGGGUGAAUAACCCAGAUGAUCAGAUACCCUCAGUCACCAGGUUGGGAGAUACGAAUAGAACGGUCGGAUUCGAUUAUGUACCAGGAGCAGGGGACGAUGACGAGCUUUGGGCUAGAGGUUUAACACCUACGUUAUUCCAUUCCAACAAAUCCGACCUUCUCAUUGCGGAAAGAGAUGAUUUACCUUCCCUGGUAGAUGAACUGGUCUUAUCCCAUUCGAUGUCGAAACUACCUGCUCCCUCAGCUUCUUCCCUCGAUUCAAAUUCUCUUUCAAGUAUUGGUGAAAGUACGAUUGGUAUACCCGACGAAUCCUCGAGAAUAGCAUUAAGAAUCGGAUCACCUAUCAUACCUACAUCUACCAAAUGGAAAUACGCAACUUCAUCGAUUAAUCCGAUAAUAGUCAGAGCAGUGGAAUAUGAGAAAUAUCCUAAAGACCUACCUCGAUUACUUGAUUUUACGCCCGAAGAGAGGAUAUUGGCUGUGGCGAAUUCUAAAACCGAAGGUAAAGCUUUUGAAUCGACGUUAAGCGAGUUGGUUGAUCUUGUGAAAGGUGAAGGAGGAGAAAGAGGUGUGGUUUUGGUACAUGGAAGAAAAGAAGAUGUGGAAUUGGUCUUGAAGACAUAUCAGAAAUCACAAGCACAACCACAAGAAGGAAAGCGACAACAAGAAGAAAAAGUUAAACUCGAUGAACCCCCUGAACCUUCAGUAGAAGGUAGGAAAUUGAUUUUACCCCUUGCUUUGGCUCUCAUCUGCUCGAUGCCGGCGUCAAAUGACGAAGUCCAACAGGGAAAGGAGGAUAUGGUGUUGACGAAGAGCGAUAUAGCUGUCAAGUUGCAUAGUUUGAUUUCGCUUUGGCCGGAUGGGAAUCCGCCGAGAGCUAGUCUGAAGAGGGUAAAUGAGUUUUUAAUGUCUGGUGACAGGGGCAGGAAAUGA